UGAAGAAAUGGUAAAUAACCAACUUUUUUAAAAGCUACAAGCAGGCCUUAAUCAGCUGGCGGUAUCAAAUAUCAAGGAGAUCAUGAAGAUAGAUGAGUUCCUGAACCCUGCGGAAGAGGAAGUCACGGAUAAUCUAGAUGAUCUGGAUAGCCUUAUCCUUAGUCAAUUCAGCACUGAAGGCGCUGAAUCUGAAGAUAAUGAUGAGGUUUAUGAAAUGCUUCCUAAAAUCUCUGCAAAUGAGGCUUUGGAGGCACUGUAUAAGCCACGAUUGUUUGAAGAACAGCAAGCUGAUGGGAACCGACACCUUCUUAAAGAACUUUUGCAUCAAGAGCGAGCGUUGAUAGAGAAAAAGAUGAAAUCAGUACCAGACUGAUAUUCGGACCUUUUCUUCAUGAAUGGAAGCUGUAUUUACUGUAUAAUUUAGCUAUAUAC